AUGUCCAGCUGCUUCUGGGCAAGCCACCCGGACAGGCCCAAUGUGGGCCAGGGCACGUGGAAGUUGUAUGCAGUUCUGGAGACCUUCGAUACCACGCCGGGGUGGGAAGACCUGGAUUUGGUCGCGGUGGAUAUCCUGAACUACAUGCACAAGAACGUGCCGAGAAGGACGCGGCUGCCUCCUGGAAAUGGCGUGGUCCUCUUCACCAGCAUGAGCGAUGCCUGCGUGCUGGCGGCCUUGCACCACCAGGAUGCAAAUGCCCGGAGAGCAGCCACUCUUGUUGCUAGUCUUGACGUAGACUUCUUUCGAAUGACGUUGUACCAGGACACGCCUCACCUGAUCUUCGAUUCGUUCAGCAAGGUCGCUGCCCCUGUGAACUUCAUUGUGGCCAGGAAUGCGGACGACGUGAACUGCAACCUUGGUGAGAUUGGCAGGAUGCCGCUGAAGAUUGCCGUGAGUGCCUCUGCCUUCCGAACGGGCUGCGGGGUGGAGCAGAUGGGGUCUGAGACGGUGUUGACGGAAUUGCUGCAGCCCAUUGAGUCGAAGAG